AAUCCGUCCGAUUCAGUGUAUCUUAACCGUUGGACAGUGCGCACUUGUUUAACGGACGCUUCUGUCCAUCAACAUUGGCUGGUGAAUACGUGCUCAAGAAUUAUUAUAAUUAUUAAUCCAAAUAGUCUAAAAAUCACAUUGCCCACUACUCUACUAUCUGUGAUAUACAAUUAUCGUUAUAAAGUGUUAUAACAUACAGAACAAACAUGCGUCUAAUAAUCUUAGAUAAAUCGGCCGAUGUGUCCGAAUGGGCUGCACGGUAUGUAAUGAAGAGAAUAAAUGACUUCAAGGCUGGACCAGAUAAAUAUUUUGUCCUGGGUUUACCUACAGGUAGCACUCCAUUUGGAAUGUAUCAAAACUUAAUUAAGUUCCAUAAAGAGGGCAAGGUCUCCUUCAAGUAUGUGAAAACGUUCAACAUGGACGAAUACGUCGGUUUACCUCGCGACCAUCACGAAAGUUACCAUUACUACAUGUGGGAUACUUUCUUCAAACACAUUGACAUUGAUCCUGAGAAUGCCAACCUUUUGGAUGGAAAUGCAGAGGAUUUGGUGAAAGAAUGCAAUAAUUAUGAGGUGAAAAUUAAAAAGGCUGGUGGAAUUGAACUAUUUAUUGGUGGUAUUGGUCCUGAUGGUCAUAUUGCUUUCAAUGAACCUGGAUCUUCUUUGGUAUCCAGAACUCGCGUGAAAACAUUGGCACAGGACACUUUAGAAGCGAACGCUAGGUUUUUCGAUAAUGAUAUGAAUAAGGUUCCUAAGAGUGCUUUGACUGUUGGAGUUGGUACUGUGAUGGAUGCCAAUGAGGUAAUGAUUCUGAUCACGGGCGCACAUAAAUCAUUUGCGUUAUACAAAGCCAUAGAGGAAGGAGUGAACCAUAUGUGGACUGUGUCAGCCUUCCAGCAGCAUCCACAAACGUUAAUGAUUUGUGAUGAAGAUGCCACCUUGGAGUUACGAGUCAAGACUGUCAAGUAUUUCAAGGCGUUGAGCACAAUCCAUCACAAACUAAUCGAGGAGGACACACACUUUAAGCAAAGUCGUGUCCUACAUUAAUAUCUUAUCAGGCACAUGUUAGAUUACGCUGAGCUUAAAUACCGUGCAUAACCGGCUUAUUGAAGAUUAAAACGUACUAUUAGUUGUCAAUUUUAGUGCUCUACAGUUCUACAUAUUCAUAAAUAAGAGUAUUUACAUCUCUUCCAUAUACAAACGUACUUUUUAAUGUCAAAUUAAGGAUUUUUACAAUUAGUUUAUAAAGUUUUUUAAUCACACCAAUGUAUUUUUAAACUUUUAUAUAAAUAUUCGUAUACAUUAA